AUAUGUUGUGGCUUUUGGAUAGUACGCUACAGUUUGCAUGAUGGCAGAUGUACUGUCGCUAUUGCGAGAGUACCAUCUCAAUAGUCGACCAAUUGUUGAGACCCAAACGGAGGUAAUAUUUGGAGACUUUGCCUGGCCAAAAACCACUAAGACUAAUUUCUUGGUAUGGGGGUCUGGAAAGGAAGGUACUCCAAAGGACUACUAUACUCUUGAUUGUGUCGUGUAUCUACUAAGGCAUAUUGACCUACCUCACACACAGUAUGUGCGGCAAGCUGCUAGUGCUGGUCUUCCAGUCGUACGACUCCCGGAUCGACGUGAUCUUCUGGCCUACUUAAAGGGUGAAACAACUACUGCGCCAAAUAUUGAUAGAGCUGCACCAGUCGAUAUUUCUCUACGACGAGCCGUUUCUAAACAGACUGAUACACAUUCACACAUUCGAAGAGAUGCAACUGAUAUACUGGGCACAGAUGGCUUCAAUGUUGAUAUUGACACAAAACGAAUGAGACUUACGAGUGGUGUGGAAAGUCUGGAUGACAGUUUUCUAAGUCGUGAAUCUCAAGCCCGAUUGAAAUCUAUGGUACUUGAUGAAGAGGCGAUUGCACGCGAAAAGCGUGAUUUGGCUGCUAAAUUGGAAAACUCAUUUGGAAACCGUUCCUCCAGUUUUAUCCAAUCUGAUCAAACUAAAACAAGCACAUUACCUGAAGCUGUUCCACUAGACAAAAUUCAGACAUGGCGAGCUAAGUUCCGUGCCAUACAGCAACAGCGAAUCAAGACGGGUGAUGUAGAUCAAGCGUUGGAAAUUCCUGGAGGUAAUUAUCCUGGUCAGGAAGGAGAUUCUGGACUGUCAGCCUUGUCUUUGGAUGCUCGAGACUCUCGUGUUGGUCUUCAUAGCAUUAUACCUGGCGGCGAAUCUCAGUCUAUUAUCCGGAUUGAUGAUAGUACUCAUGGUCAAUUAUAUUCCGGUAGCUCUCUACUCAGAGCUUCACUUAUGGCUGAUGAAGCACCAGUACGUGCGAUUUUGGCCCGUGAGCGUCGUUGGCGAACCCGUGUUUCAGUUUUACAAAGUCAGGGUAAAACGUUCUAUGAAAACAUUGUUUUAGGAAUUUUGAGAAAUGUGAUCUUAAAAGAAGACUCACAUGCUGCCCCAGAUGCGAAGGCUGUUGGCAAGUUCGGUUACAUGGCUGCCAACAAUCAGUCAACACUUUUCCCUCAACCACUAGCUGUUGGAACUUACUACUCGAAACCUAAUGGCGCUACAAAUUGUACAAAUACCGGGUCAGCCAUGGUGCUCAGUACAGGACAACCUAUGUCAGUUUCUAACUCCACUGCACCACAUCAUUCGCAGAUGCAUUAUUCAAGGUAUGACCAAGAACGUUUUGCAGGUGGCCGUGAGGAAACUGCAGGCUUCCGUAUUGAUACCAUGGGUACAUAUCAUGGGAAGGCUUUGGCGUCCAUGGUUACUGUUGGUGCAGCUAGAUCUUCCCAGGAUAAUUCUGCUGCUGGUGCAACUCCUGUUCGUACACCUGGGACUGCAUCGAGGUCAAUAGGAAAUGAAACUCCAAGUAUUCCUUAUGAACCCCAACCUCUCAGAGACCCUCGGGCUAUUAGCUCAGGAAUUCCUUUGACACCUACUGCCACCCCAGAUCCAUAUCGUGGCUUGCGCUCUACUGCGGAUGCACGUCUUUCUGCUCGGACAAAGAUUAGAUCAUCUCGUAUUCCAAUUAUAAUUAUUCCCGCGGCACCAACUAGUCUAAUUACAAUGUAUAAUGCAAGGGAUAUUUUGCAAGAUUUGCGUUUUGUUAAAUCUCAGGAAAAGGAAGCUUCAGGUAUGCGUCGGGAAAACGAAAUUCUGAUUCAUCGUCAGAAAUCGGAUGGUCGAACUGUCCCCUAUCGUGUGGUGGAUCAACCGAAUAAGUUACUGCUGGAUGAAUGGAAUCGUGUUGUGGCUGUUUUUGUGCAGGGUCAGUCGUGGCAAUUUAAAGGAUGGCCUAUUAGCUCUGAUCCUGCAGUAAUUUUUUCACAGAGUAAGCAAAGUACCAUUGUCAGCUAAAUUAUCACCAAUGACCCUAUUCACAUAACUUUCUAAUCACGAUAUUUUCCAUACCUUCAAAUAUCUCUGAAAUAUAAUACCAUCGGGUACUUUUUUUACUGGAUUUUAUGCAUAUUCCUACUCCGACUGUGGCUGCUACCUUGUAGUUGGUGGUCGGGCUUGCCUGUCGUAAUAACCCAUUCUAGCCAAAUUGGCUGGGAUAUCUGUUGCUUGAGGUCCUACUAUGCCAGAAAGUUCGGUUGGAGAACGGGGUAACGAAAAGCAGCUAAUUUCAGGUCUGUUGGUCAGUCAUCCUUCCAACUGUAAAAAGAUGCAACAGCAGUCACGCAUUUCCUAAGUAUAACCGAUGUCUUCAGAGAACAUGCUGGUCCUAAAAAUAUCAAUGAGUUUUUUGAUCAAGUUUUAAAGUGCUGGUAGUAAACCUUUUGGAAUAAGGAGCAAACACUGCAUAGUUAAAUACUUCCAAAAAGGCUGUGUUACCUCUAUCAAACAGUCGUCCUUGCGAUAGGAGUAAAACUUUGGCACUGUGGUAGGUUGUAAUUCCAUUUUAGCCUAUUUAUCAAAAAUGUCAUCUGUUCCAGAUAUAUGGAAAAUUCUAUUACCCCUAGUCAUCACAAAGAAGGAGAGAAAAAUAAGAACUAUAUAAAGUCUGUCUGGAAGUUGUGGAGUUACCUGAUAUGAAUAUGGACAAUAAAUUGUGUCCGAAACGUUAUUCAGUAAGUGAUGCUGUUUCACUGUGUGACAUUUCUAAUAAAUAGACUAAAACGGAAUCCUCCUUGAGGUUUGUAAUAACGUUCAUACAAAUAAUAGAUCGGUUCCUUUUUCAGUUAUCUCAAGAAAAAGUAACCUUCCACGGUAUAUGUAGCCGAGAAGUAUCAACCAAACGCGUCUAGUAGUACCUGAAUCUUUUCUGAACACUGCUAAAAUUCAUCCCCAAUAUCUUCUACAUUUUCUUCGUUUUUUCUUGCUAGUAACUGUGCUCUAUGUUCACUAUUUUCUCACUCCUCACCACUUACUUUCUCAGCUCCAGUUUUUUCAAACCAUAUUCUAAACUGCAUAUUACGGCUUUUUAGUGUUUCCGUCCCAUCCUAAGUCAGAUAAAUAGUUUCCCUAGCCAGAACAUUGGAAUCUUAAGCUUUGCAAUUUUGCUGUUUCUAAUACAUACAUACAUACAUGAUCCAGUUGACUUAAUAUAGCCUAUGUAAGCGGGUCUUCACAAUUAUUCCUUUGAUUAUUUAAAGACUAGAUAUUCGGUUCCCCAGUGUUUCGUAAGUGUUGAUAGAACCUUAAUUCGUAGGGCGGAAGCAUCCUUUUCAACGGGAUCUCAAGUGACAGUCCUUUGUAUACUCAAUUGAAUAGUACAGUAAGGACUAAAAAGAUAGUGACACACUAGCAUUUUCUGUAAUCUAUGCUCCUGCAUCAGCCCGAACGGGCUGUCUGCUGACGAAAUCUCAGAUGGGAUACAGAAGGCCCACUGGCGAAAUAUCCGACUGCCUAUCAAAAGACGAGUAUUCUGCGUCGCUGCUUGCUCUUUCCUAUUAUGCAUUUGUGAGACAGCCCCUGCAAAUAAAUGUAAAGAGGCUACAGGUUUUCUCACCACAUAUGUCUUCUCAACAUUGGUGAAGUAUGAUAAAAUCACUGUAUGAGAGCAGUGCCGAGGUUAGUUGAAAGGUAUCGGAGGAGGAAGAUAAGUCGAUCGAUGCGGUUGUGAAUCCUCAACAACUGAGGUGGUUUGCACAUGCGUUAUUCAUUUCAAGAUACCGCCUACUCCAACGUGUAAUAUGAACCAAAAUACAAUUGGGUUGAAAGAAAGUUAAGGUUGGCUAUACUAAGAUAUGAUAGUACUUCACAAAUUCUUUGAUUUUCUAUCACAGCUAUGUAUGUAGGAGUAGACAGUAUGACUAGGAUUCUCAAGAUGAUAAUCACUGGGUGAAGAGACUUGGUGACAUGACUGAAGGAUGCUCACAAUAGUGCAGAUCUAUGCUCUCUUUAUUAUCUUAAAAAUCUUGAAUGUUUUCUUAGAACUUCUUUUACUUCUGUCCUCAGCCAUACACAUUUGCCUACCUUAAUAUCAAUUUUUCUAUCCACUUCUUUACAUACUACUUAAACCGAUUCACUUUUAACCGACGUCUUACGUUUAUUUUUCUGCCUAUCUGUUUCGUAGUUAACUAAUUAAAAUCUACUGAUCGACGUUUUUUUUAGUACAAUAUGUUAACUAUUGAAAUUAUAGAUAACAGUUUUUGCUAUAUAUAUCAGAUUCUAUGCAUGUUAAAGGUGAUAUUUGUUAAUUUUUUUUUUUCAUUUUCUGUAGUUAAAGGUUUUCAUUUAAAAUACACCAAUAUGCCGUUGGAUCCAAAUGUUGCUAAAUGGAAUGUACGUGUCAUUGAUUUGGAUCAACGACGUCAUCUAGACAAGGCUAAUUUUCAACAAAUAUGGGAACAGUUAGACAGGCAUAUUGCUAGAAAUAAACCAUUUCUACGUUCUUAGGAAAAAUUGUUGAAGUUACUUUUUGUAUAAAAAAACACAAGUUGUUUUGUUAUUUUCUGAUUUCAUUUGUUAAAUAAACUGUCUAUAGUAUUGU